GGACAGCCAAAGGCGGUGAUGGCUUAUGAUUUUAAUGAUUUUCUUGGAACAGCAAUCUAUGAUUAUAAGUGUGGUGGUGAAAGUGAAGAAACUGUUAAUGGAAUGAAAUGUGCGAAUUGGCGUAAUCAUAAGAAUGGUGAAAAAAAGCAUACUCUUCCUGAUUCGACAGAGGCGCAAGUCGUUGAAAGUAAUGUGAAUCUACCUCCUAAUCCUCCUUUAGAAGUGCGUGAAGAACAAGAGGCAUUACGUGGGGAAGAAGAUCAUUCACUUCCGAACAUAUUACCCACCACGUCGAUAGGCCCCGGUUCAAAACAUCAAGCGUCAGAGAGUGCAACAGCAGUGACACAUCCCAGUAUUUCUGAGAUUGGUGGAGCACAACCUGGUGGGAAUGCAGAAAGUAUGUCGACAACAGAAAGACAAGUAGAAGAGUCUACUGCAGCCAAACAAGGUCACGAAGAAGUGUCGAGUAACACAACAGAUAACAGUACAGCAGGCAACUCUAAUGCUACCCAGCAAUCUUCUCCUGCAAGUGUUGGUGCGACUGCCGUACCAGAAUCACAAGAAACAAAUACCACUACUCCACAGAGCCCCGAGAGCAAUGUCACUGAUACACCAACCACCACUCCAUCUACUGUACCCAACGGAGAGUUAACCACAAUCGCAUCCGCAGUGCAGAAGAACAGACCCAAUGUUGACAGCAGUAUCAAUCCUGUGUGGAUGCGCACUGCAGCACCGUUACUGAUUGUGGCUAUGUUGUUCUCCGCUACCGUGUACUGA